GAUUCGAGUAUAAAAAGCGUUCCCGUGUUUUCGGUCAGUGGCCAGACGCAAGUGGAAGCUUACCGGACGCUACUCUCGGCACUCGCAGCGUCAUUCCUGUGGAUUUCGUGUUCCCCGUGCUGUGAAUUGUUCGGUGUGUUGAAAGAAAGCUCAGGAUGAGGGUUCUGAUCAUAACCGCAGUCCUAGCCGUGCUGGCUACCGUCGCAUCGGCUGGAUACCUUGGUGGAUACGGAGGCUAUGGUGGUUACGGUGGUGGCUACGGUGGUGGCUACGGUGGUGGCUACGGGGGUGGCCAUGGCGGUGGCUACGGACUGGGCCACGGUGGCGGCGGCUUCUCAUCAGCCAUCACGUACCAAUAUGACAACCAGAAGGCAGCGCCGUACUACGGCGGGGGCUACGGCGGGGGCUACGGCGGUGGUUACGGCGGCGGCUACGGCGGCGGCUACGGCGGAGGACACGGAGGAGGCUAUGGCGGCUACGGAAUCGCUUUGGGACACGGUGGACACGGACUGGGCAUCGGCCUCGGCCACGGGGGAUACGGAGGAGGACUCGGAUACGGAGGGCUAGGCUUCGGACACGGCUACGGAUUGAAGGGAUGAAUGAUAGAUCCAGACUCAUAG